AUGGUGAAGGAUGAGGAUGUCGCCUUGGCUGGCGAUGUGCCGGUCACGGAGCCAGAUCUGCCGAAGAGCUUGGAGACAAUGGCCCUUGCGUCGGGCCCUCCGCACAACGCCAUGCGAGAGACCGCUGGGGCAGCGAUAACCGAUCAAGACAUGCCUCUCGGCGACGUCGAUGGCGACGGUAGCGACAGCGACGACGACGCUACUGACCGGUACCGGCUCACAACCAACCCUGAGACUGUGCGAAAUGUCUCCACGCUUCGUCGCCGCGGCGAUGCGGUUUUCCAUCAGUGGGUUCAAAAGAGCCAGCGCCUUGGAACCAAGCUCUUCGUUGACAAGCGGACGCAUGAUCUGGACCGCACGUCGACUGCUCGAAUGAUUCAGAGCAACGAGAAAGGAAUCAUUUCGACCCCGCGGGAGUACCAAAUAGAACUCUUCGAGAGGGCCAAGGAUAAGAACCUCAUCAUCGUUCUCGACACAGGCGCUGGCAAAACGCUCAUUGCUGCUCUCCUGUUGCGGCACACCCUGGAUCAAGAGCUUGAGCGGCGUGCUCAAGGAGAGUCCAAAAAGGUGGCAUUCUUCCUGGUCGAAAAGGUUGCCCUCUGCUUCCAGCAAUACAGCGUCUUGAAAGCCAACCUGGAGCACCCUAUUGACAAGUUCCAUGGAGAAAUGGCCGGCAUCAUGAGGACAAAGGCUUUCUGGGACAAGCGAUUCAGCGAAAGCAUGGUUAUCGUCUGCACAGCCCAGAUCCUCCUCGACUGUCUCAACAGCGGCUUCAUUCAAAUGCAGCAGAUCAAUCUCCUCAUAUUCGAUGAGGCUCACCAUACGAAGAAGAAGCAUCCCUAUGCUCGUAUCAUCAAGGAUCAUUAUUUACGAGAGCCAGCGAACCGUCCACGGAUCCUCGGCAUGACGGCAUCGCCCGUCGACGCGCAAACAAGUGAUCUUCGGGCGGCCGCACUUGAGCUCGAGGGCAUCCUAUGCAGCCAAAUUGCCACAGUCUCCGACGAGGCUCUUGCCCGUGGUCUAGCCCAGCGAAACCAGGUUGAGCUCAAGGAAUACUACGCGCGACUGGUGAAUGCUGAAGACGCGAGGACGCCCCUGUGCCAGAAGCUUUCGGAACUCAUGUCCCAUGACACUCAUUACCGCAUACAUUUCGACGCUGCCCAAGACGUGGCUUCAACGCUUGGACCUUGGUGCGCUGACAAGUACUGGGAGCUUCUCAUGACCGACGACGAAGUUCGCAGACGGGUGGCAAAGGCUCAAGGAGCCGUCAGCUCCCUGCAUGCGCCAAUUGGUACCACCGAAGCCGACAGGGUGCUCGCAACGCUUCAGGAGGCUCAGAAAGCAAUCCGAGAGGCUGCCACAGCAAAUGCAGCAAGCGAGCCCGCCAGGGGCUCGGCGACUUUCUCCUCAAAAGUCGAAUUACUACGGCAGAUUCUUCGGGACUCUUUCAGCCGUGAGCGAACGGGCCGAUGUAUCGUAUUUGUGCAAAAACGCCACACGGCCCUGCUUCUCUCAAUCUUUUUCUCGCAGGCCGGCAAGCACGUUCCGGGGAUGCGUUCAUCUUACCUGAUUGGGUCUCAGCCACUUACAGCCAGCAUCGCGAACAUGUCCUUUCGCGAUCAGGUCCUGACCCUUCAGCGAUUUCGACGAGGCGAAUUCAACUGUCUGUUUGCUACGCAGGUUGCUGAGGAAGGGCUCGAUAUUCCCGAGUGCGACCUUGUCAUCCGAUUCGAUCUCUACGACUCUGCCAUCCAAUACAUUCAGUCCAAAGGGCGAGCUCGACAGGCCAACUCAACCUACAUCAGCAUGCUGGAAGAAGGCAACAUGAGGCAUCUUCGACGGCUCAAGCAAGCAACGAGAGACGCCAAUGCGCUUCGGCGGUUCGUCUCCGGCCUUCCUGCCGAUAGAAAGAUCCAAGACACCUUCGACGUGGAAACCCUGGCGGAACAUGAAAGGAUCACGCAAAAGUUCUACGAGAUACCAGAGACUGGUGCUCGGCUCACCUUUUCGUCCAGCCAGGAGGUCCUAGCCAAGUUCGUAUCGUCGCUCGGCGGGCCCGACGUGUCCCUCUCUCCGGAAUACGUGGUCACGCCUUCUCAUACAAGCAGGAAGUUUGUUGCCACGAUCAUUUUCCCGGAUACCAGUCCAUUCAAGUCCAUGAAAGGGUUCGCCCAGCGAAAUAAACAGCUGGCACGCUGCUCUGCGGCCUUCGAGGCAUGCGUGGAGCUGAUCAAGAAAAAGUACAUCAACAGCCAUCUUCAACCAACUCUCGGCAAAAUGCUUCCUGCGAUGCGCAACGCGCGUUUGGCCUUGAGCUCGAACAAGCGCCACGAGUACAACAUGCGAAUCAAGCCUGGGAUGUGGUCCGGGCUAGGUUCGGACCUGCCAACUCAGCUCUUCCACUCCGUCUUCGUCCUCGACUCGCCAGAGGCCGUCCAAAGGCCCACGAGCCCCAUCAUAUUCUUGACCAGGCAGAAGCUGCCAGAUAUUGAGCCAAUGCUUCUGUUUUUGGAUCAGGGGCGGACUUCGGUCGCGCGCCUGGUGUCCUCAUCGCGGCCUUUGCGUCUCUCUUUGGACGAGCUCCACGACCUGGCCACCUUCACUCUCGCAAUCUUCUCCGACGUCUUCAGCAAGGACUACAAUGCCCAGCCGGCGGAUAUGCCAUAUUUCCUGGCACCAUGCGCACGAAUCCUAAUGGACGACGGGACUGCAUCGGCUGACCCGACAAGGAUCGACUGGGAGACAGUCACCAAGGUGUCUCAUUCUGAACAGCCAGACUGGCGCGGCGCGCCUGAGGACUUCUUCCAUGACAAACUGGUCAUGGAUCCCUGGGAUGGGUCUCGCAAGUUCAUCAUCCAUGGCAUCAACAAAGCGCUGAGGCCCAGUGAUCCGGUACCCGAGGGCGCACCAAUGCCGAAAAGUCGGGCAUAUCGGCAGGUGGAACCGAACAUCAAAGAAUACAGCAACAGUCUCACUAUUCAUUCACGCAGGAGACAGACAUGGGACGAGAAUCAGCCAGUCGUCGAUGCGACACUCUUGCCAAUCCGCCGAAACUUCCUCGACGAGUAUACUGCAGAAGACAACCAAGAGUUGCGCUGCUGCAUCAUCCUCGAGCCUAUGAGAGUCUCCAAGUUGCCGAUCGAUAUGGUUUCCAUGGCCAUGAUAAUACCAGUCAUGAUCUACCGCCUUGAUUCCGUCCUGAUCGCGCUCGAAGCUUGCAAGCUCCUCGACCUGGACAUCCAGCCGAAUCUGGCACUCGAAGCACUCACCAAAGAUAGCUCCAACACCGAGGAGCAUGGCGACGUGCAGGUCGACGUUCAAGUCGGCAUGGGAAACAACUACGAGCGACUCGAAUUCCUGGGCGAUGCCUUUCUCAAGAUGGCCACAACAAUAUCGCUAUUCACGCUCAUCCCCAACACUAACGAAUUCGAGUACCACGUCGAACGCAUGCUACUCGUUUGCAAUCAGAACCUGUUCAACCACGCCGUUGACCGCAAGCUCCAGGAAUACGUCCGGUCAAAGCCUUUCGACCGCCGCACCUGGUAUCCAGAUCUCAAGCUUAAGAGGGGAAAGAUGCCGAAAACCGGUGGGCAUUUCCACAACCUUUCCGACAAGUCGGUUGCAGACGUUUGCGAAGCAUUGAUCGGCGCCGCAUAUGUGUCGCAGCGGGAGUCGGGCAAAAUGGACCUCGCAGUCAAGGCCGUGACGAAGAUGGUCAGGAGCAAAAACCACAAGAUGCUGAAAUUCUCGGAUUAUUACGACGCAUUCAGGGUUCCAGAUUGGCAGAACGCACCGGCUUCCGCUGUGCAGCGUUUGGCCGUCGACCAGAUAUCCGAGGCCACGGGUUACCGAUUUAAAUGCCCCAACCUGUUGCGCAGUUCAUUCAAGCACCCGUCGUAUCCGUACGAGCCAAUCCCCAAUUACCAGAGGCUCGAAUUCCUUGGGGACGCGUUGCUAGAUCUGGUCAUCGUCGACUAUCUUUUCAGGCGCUUCCCAGACGCCGAUCCACAGUGGCUGACAGAGCACAAAAUGGCCAUGGUCUCGAAUCACUUUUUCGGUUCGCUCUGCGUGCAGCUCGGCCUCCAGAAGCAUCUCCUCAUGACAACAUCGAGCCUGAUCGGUCAGAUUAGCGACUACGUCGCGGAACUGGAGAUGGCCAGGGAAUUGGCUCGCCCUGAAGAAGGGCCUGGUAACACGAAAGCCGAAGGCCGCAAGGACUACUGGCUGAGCACGUCCCAACCACCCAAGAUCCUGUCAGACAUGCUGGAAGCUCUGGUGGGCGCCAUGUUUGUCGACUCCCGGUACGACUACAGCGUCGUGGAGGGCUUCUUUACCUCGUUCAUCGAGCCGUACUUUGAGGACAUGGCCCUGUACGAUACGUAUGCGAGCCGGCACCCAGUCACUGCCUUGGCGCAGAUGCUCCAGAACCAACUUGGUUGCCAGAACUGGCGACUAUACGCAUCUGUAGUGCCGUGCGGUCCGGACCAGGGCGCCACGGCAGUGACUGGGGAUGAUGCCGUGUGCGCACUGAUGGUGCACGACAAGGUAGUGGAGCACGAUACAGCCAAGGUCGGAAGAGACGCAAAGCUAGCCGUGGCGAAGAUGGCGCUACGGAGGUUCGACGGAAUGGAAAAAGAGGCAUUCCAGAGGGAGAUGGGAUGUGACUGUCGUGCGGAGGGCAACGAGGGGGCUCAAGCGAGCGGCGCACAGUAA